AACCAUUUCCUGCUCAUCUUUGAGAAAGGAACAGAGAGAGAGAGAGAGUUUCCUGCAAAUUUCAGUGGGAAAUCGAGAGCAACAGAGGCAGGAAAAAACCAAGGAUUGAGAGUGAGUGAGAGAGAGAGUGUAGAAUUUUCCAGGCAUUUUGGAGAGAGAUUAAAAGAAACAGAGACAUACAAAAGGCGAGAAGGGAAACCAACCAUGGAGAUGGGGACGGAAAGGGGGAAGGAGACGGAGAUAUCAGAGCCGUUACUGGGGAGGUCGCAGAAGAUUGGGGACGAGUUCGAGGUGGUGGAGAGAAUCCCGCCGUGGAGGGAGCAGAUCACCGCCAGGGGACUCAUUGUAAGCGCCCUCCUAGGCGGCCUCUUUUGCAUCAUCACCCACAAGCUCAACCUCACCGUCGGGAUCAUCCCCUCGCUCAAUGUUGCCGCUGGUCUGCUUGGUUUCUUCUUCAUCAAGUCGUGGACGGGCUUCCUCUCUGGCCUCGGCCUCUGGGUAUCUCCCUUCACCCGCCAGGAGAACACCGUCAUCCAGACUUGCGUCGUCGCCUGCUACGGUCUGGCAUUUAGCGGGGGAUUCGGCUCGUACCUGAUUGCGAUGGACAGAAGGACAUAUGAAUUGAUAGGAGAAGACAAUCCCGGCAACAGAGUGGAGGACAUAAAGAACCCAUCAUUGGGCUGGAUGAUUGGUUUUAUGUGUGUCGUUAGUUUUCUUGGUCUUCUCAGUCUUGUACCUCUGCGCAAGGUAAUGAUAUUGGAUUAUAAGCUGACGUACCCAAGUGGGACAGCCACAGCAUUGUUGAUAAAUAGCUUUCACACAAAUACAGGAGCAGAACUUGCAAAGAAACAAGUGCGAUGCCUUGGUAAAUAUCUUGGUCUUAGCUUCUUCUGGAGCUGCUUUAAAUGGUUCUUCAGUGGAAAUGGAGGUUCUUGUGGAUUUGAUAACUUCCCAAGCCUUGGGUUACUGGCUUAUAAAAAUACGUUCUAUUUUGAUUUUAGUCCAACUUAUAUUGGGUGUGGCCUUAUUUGCCCACAUAUUGUGAACUGUUCAGUUCUUUUUGGGGCAAUUAUCUCCUGGGGUCUUUUGUGGCCAUUUAUUUCCAAACAUGCUGGUUAUUGGUAUCCAGAGGACCUUGGCAGCAAUGAUUUUAAAGGCCUCUAUGGCUAUAAGGUUUUCAUAGCAAUCUCUCUUAUUCUUGGUGAUGGUGCAUACAAUUUGAUUAAGAUACUCGUAAUAACAUCAAAGGAAAUGUUCUUUCAAAUGUCAAAACAAGGCCAGAUUCCUCUCGCACAUAAGUUCCAAGAUGCUGAGGCUUUCAAGCUAGCCAGGGAAGAAAGAAGAAGAAAUGAAACAUUCUUAAAAGACAAGAUUCCAGCUUGGUUUGCAGCCUCUGGCUAUGUAGUUCUAGCUGCUAUCUCAAUAGCAACCAUACCUUCCAUUUUCCCACCACUGAAAUGGUAUCUUGUUCUUGGUUCCUAUGUCGUUGCCCCUGCCCUUGCUUUCUGCAACUCAUAUGGCACAGGACUCACUGACUGGAGUCUAGCAUCUACUUAUGGAAAGCUUGGACUAUUCAUAUUUGCAUCAUGUGUUGGUAGCAAAGGUGGUGUUAUUGCCGGACUAGCAGCAUGUGGAGUUAUGAUGUCAAUAGUUUCGACAGCAGCUGAUCUCAUGCAGGACUUUAAGACAGGGUAUCUUACAUUUUCAUCACCAAGGUCAAUGUUUCUUAGCCAACUAGUGGGCACUGCAAUGGGUUGUGUCAUUGCUCCACUUACUUUCUGGUUAUUCUGGAAUGCCUUUGAAAUUGGGGCACCUGAUGGACCAUACAAAGCUCCAUAUGCAGUAAUAUUCCGUGAGAUGGCAAUUCUUGGGGUUGAGGGCUUCUCAGCUCUGCCAAAAUACUGUUUAGGAAUAAGUUCUGGCUUCUUUGUAGCUGCAGUGAUUAUAAACCUGUUAAGGGAUGUGCUUCCUACGAAGGUGUCAAGAUUCAUUCCAAUCCCAAUGGCAAUGGGCAUCCCUUUCUAUAUAGGAGCAUACUUUGCAAUCGACAUGUUUUUAGGCACAGUGAUCUUAUAUAUCUGGGAAAGGAUAAACAAGAAGGAUGCAGAAGUGUAUGCUGGAGCACUUGCAUCUGGUCUGAUUUGUGGAGAUGGGAUCUGGACAAUACCAUCGGCUAUUCUCUCCAUUUUCAAAAUAAAUCCACCUAUUUGCAUGUCUUUUGGACCAGCUGGAAGCAGCUGAAGAAACGUCUUCCACAGCUGUAAUAGCCUAACAAAUGUGGAAAGCAUUGAAACCCUGUAUAUUCUCCCUGCAUAUCUGGCUUUGCAUUUUUGUAAAGUUAGUAACUUGCUAUAGGUUGUGCUCCCUGCACUUUGUAAUGACGUGCUCUGUCUAUAAGGUUGUGUUAAGUUACCUCAGAUUUCAUAUC